AUGCCCCGCUUUAAUCGACGGGAGCAGCUCCCGCUCCAUAUCAAGCGCGCUAUUUGCGCGCACCACGUCGACAACCCCCGCCUGCGUCAUGUUGACCUGGCGAGGUGGUGCUCCACUGUCGGCCGCAUAUUGAAGCUCGCCGAGCGAUGGGCUGUCACGGCAACCGGCAACAACCAAGUGCGCCGUCGAGGUGGCGCAUGGCCUGAGCUGGAGCAGGCCAUGGCGCGGUGGAUCGCAAACGCAGGGCCCGCUGGCGUGCCUCUGACGCUGCAGACCAUCCACGACCAUGUCGCGACGAUGUCCCGGAACAUGGGCAUUCCGCCCUCAUUCCGCUGCUCCAUCGGCUGGGUGCGCCGUGCUUUGAGGCGCCAGGGAGUGAGGUGCCGUGCAGCACAAGGCAAGGCGGCUAGCGCGGACAUGGCCGCCGUGCGCCACGCACGUGAGAAGCUGCCGCAACUCCUCACGCAUCUCGGUGUCACCCCGCGGGACACUUUCAACCUCGAUGAGACGGCGCUCUGGCUGUCAGUCCUCCCUCGGCGCACUUACAGCAACGGCCACAUUCCCGGCCGCAAAGUAUCGAAGGAGCGGCUCACCGUGGCAUUCCUCGUGAAUGCUGACGGGAGCCACGUAUUCCGACCGCUCAUGAUCAGUAAGGCGAAGCGGCCGCAUGACUUUCGUCCGGAUUAUGACCCUGAAUCCCUUUGCUACUGGCGGCACAAGGCGAAAGGCUGGAUGACCUCGCCGUUAUUCACACAUUUCAUAUCGCAGCUCAAUGCAGCGAUGUACGCCGAAGGUCGCAAGAUCGUGUUGCUGCUCGACAACGCGAGCAGCCACAUGCUCCGCUCUGAGCUCGCAUGGAGCGAGAUCGUCUGCGGCAUGCGGACGACCUGCAUGAGCAACGUGCGGCUCGUCUUCCUGCCGCCGAAUACCACCGCAUUCACACAGCCGCUCAAUCAAGGCAUCAUAGCCACCGUACACGACGAUGAGCCCUCCCCCGCCGUCUACCCCGACAUCGAGCUCGACGACGACAUCGACGAUGGCGGGACGCUUAUUAGCGGGCUCGCCCUCGGGAAUACGGCGAUGACGGCCGCAGAGUACGUCGCCAUCGACGACGGCGAGCCAACGUGCGCCGAGGGCGCUGUGGGACAGCCCACGACUGAGCCGGAGGCGGGCCUAGAGGUGGAGCUCUGGCACGCGCCGACGACCAUGCAAGCCGUCUACGACGACGCCGACCCAGUGUGCCGCGAAGCGCGGCGCACUGCACGGGCGGCAUGCGAGAUGCUCAUCGGAUAUGCAUGGGCCACCCGCAUCACGCCGCGCGAUCUGUGCCAUCUGUUCGAUAUCCGCAACCCCAUCGUAAUCGCGCGGAUGGAGCGGGCGAGCCCGCCAUUCAACCUCAACGUGGCGCCUCAGCCCGUACCCUCCCCGGGCGCAAUUCCCACGCCCGAGACCCCUCGUCCGCACGGCCGUGUGCUGCCCGGCUGGAUGACUCGUCCGUCUCGCCGUCAGGAGUUGUUUGACGCCGGUGUGGGCGCCGUGAUGGACGGGUAUGUGGACGCGGCUGAGUGGAUGCGUCUGUGA